CCGUUACUUGGCAGGAAGGGAGGGGGGGGAGGAGUGAGAAAAAGGAGUCCGUCGUGAGGGAUUCACAGAUUGAGAGAGAUUGAGAGAGAGAGAGCUUGGGAGUGGCUGGGAGGGAAGGAAAGGAAGGAAGGAAGGGAAAGGAAAGGGCCAUUGGCACCGAGAUACCCGCAAAGAGAGGGGCGGGACGGAGGCAGAAAGGAAGGGCAUGAGGCGGGGGAGCGGGUAGCGCAAGCUGGGAGGGUUGAGAAGGCAGGUUUGGGGGCAGGGGCUGAACGGUCGUGAGUCAGCCAGGAAGAAGAAGGAGAAGGACGAAAAGGAGAAGCCCUGCUGCCUGGCCUCAAAAGGAGCCCUGAGGGCCAGGCGCAGCCAAGGGGGUGGGGUCCUUCCCCAUUUUCUGCCGCUGCGGGCAGAGACAGCGGAGAAAGAUUGGUAUAUAUACACACACAUAUAUGUAUAUAUGUGUGUGUAUAUAUAUAUAUAUAUAAAGACAUAGAGGCGUUGUUUCUCCCCUUUCUUGAGGCUGUGAGGAAGCCAUCCCUCCCUAUUUUGGGGGGCUGCAAGAAUAGGAGCCUCUACAUUUUAGAGACAGAGGGAAGGUUUUUCCUCUUAUAGAUGUAGUGAGCUUGCUUCUUUCUCUGUUAGAUAUAUACAGCUUGCAUCUGAGGGAAGACAUUUCUUUUUUAGAUAUAGAGAGAGCUUGCUUCUUCUUGAAGCAACUCUACUAUUCUAUGAUUCUAUGAGAUAUAUAGAGAGCUUGCUUCUGAGGAAAGACUUAUUUCUCCUUUAGCUAUAGAGACAGCUUGCGUCUCUUUCCUUUUUAGAUAUAGAGAGCGUGCUUUAGAUUUCUCCUUUAGAUAUAGAGAGAGCUUCUCUUAGAUUUAGAGAGAGCCUCUCCUCUGUGUUAGAUAUAGAGAGAGCUUGCUUCUGAGGAAAGACUUAUUUCUCCUUUAGAUAGAGAGCUUGCUUCUCUUUCUCUUAGUUAUAGACAGCUUGCUUGUGAGGAAAGACCCUCUUUUUGUUAGAUACAGAGAGCUUGCCUCUGAGGGAAGACUUCUUUUUAGAUAGAGAGCUUGCUUCUCCUUUCUUUUUUAGAUAUAUAGACAGCUUGCUUGUGAGGAAAGACCUCUCUUUCUCUGUUAGAUAUAGACAGACCUUGCUUCUGAGAAUAGACUUCCCCUCUGUUAGAUAUAGAGAGAGCUUGCUUCUGAAGGAAGUCUUGCCCUCUUGCUUCUCUUUUUCUUCUCUUUUUAAUUUUUCCUCCCUGCUUUUUCCUUUUUUUCUCCCUCUUUCUUUCCUUUUAUUUUCCUUCUCUUUUUCCUCCCCACCCCUUUUUUGUCGGUCUAGACUGGAGAAGAGUGAUUUCCUCCCACAAGGAGACUUGUUGGAAACCGGGAGAUAAGGCAAAGGGGCGCCUUUUCUGCCUCUGUUGGCACAUUAUUCAUGCUUUGGGUCAGAUUAGAGUGUUUCCCUUAGGAUUGGCUCAACUAUACACACACACAGCACACACCCAUGUUCCUGCUUUCACACGUGUGCACGCUGGCUGGCUUGACUGCAGGCUUAGGGCGGAUGGAGAAGGAUCAUCCUCUGUAGGGUCCCCUCCUUUUUCUUUCUUUCAACCCGGAGAGAGGAGAAAGAGAGAGUCCAGUUGGAGGCAGCAUCAUCGUUGGUGGAAAGGAAAUAGCCGAAAAUGAAUGCCGUCGGCCUCGGGAUCGCUGCCUUUCUGGGCGGCGUGGAUGAGAAAGAAGCCCCUGUUUUCGCUGUAGCCCUGGGUACUUUUUGAAUUUGCUUUGGCAAGCUCUCCCGAAUGGGUUUUUCCUGAAGUACUCUGGAGCCUUUUCACGGAAUUCCUGGAACGAAGGGAAUAUUGCCGCCUUGCUUGGAGCAAAAUCUGAUUUGUUAAAAAAAAAAAUUAAAACCUGUUCGAUUUUCUAAAAUGGAAAACGAGAUCUUCACGCCUUUCCUGGAGGUCUUCAUUUCCAGCCCUCUCGUGACUUGGGUGAAGACGUUUGGAACGUUAGCUGGAGGACGUGCAACCCAUUUGGAAGAAUACGUUGCACUUGUGGAUGGAGUUUUCCUGAACGAAGUCAUGCUUCAGAUCAACCCUAAAGCAGCCAGUCAAAGAGUAAAUAAGAAAGUAAACAAUGAUGCAUCCCUUCGAAUUCAAAAUUUGUCUAUUUUGGUGAGACAAAUUAAAUCAUACUAUCAGGAGACAUUGCAACAGUUGAUUAUGAUGCCUUUGCCAAAUGUCUUAAUAAUUGGUAAAAGUCCCUUUUCAGAACAAGGCACUGAAGAGGUUAAAAAGCUACUUCUACUUCUGCUUGGCUGUGCAGUUCAGUGUCAGAAGAAAGAAGAAUUCAUUGAAAAAAUUCAAAGUUUAAAUUUUGAUAUAAGAGCAGCUGUCGCGGCACAUAUACAAGAGGUAACUCAUAAUCAGGAAAAUGUGUUUGACCUUCAGUGGAUGGAUGACAAUUCUCUAUCACAAGACUGCAUUGAACCUCUUUUAAAAAACAUGGCACUGCAUUUAAAAAGACUUAUAGAUGAGAGAGAUGAGCAUUCUGAGACUAUCGUCGAACUCUCAGAAGAACGGGAUUCUCUUCAUUUUCUACCUCAUGCAUCAGCAGCACAAUCACCUUGUGGAUCUCCAGGCAUGAAACGCACUGAAAGCAGACAACACUUGUCCGUGGAGCUAGCAGAUGCCAAAGCAAAAAUCAGAAGGCUUAGGCAAGAACUUGAGGAAAAAACUGAGCAAUUGCUGGAUUGUAAGCAAGAACUGGAACAGAUUGAAGCUGAAGUCAAGAGACUACAACAAGAGAAUAUGAAUUUGCUUUCGGAUGCCCGUUCUGCCAGGGUAUACAGAGACGAACUGGAUGCACUCAGAGAGAAAGCAAUUCGUGUUGACAAGCUUGAAAGUGAAGUCAGCCGCUAUAAAGAGAGACUACAUGAUAUUGAGUUCUACAAGGCUAGAGUAGAGGAACUUAAGGAAGAUAAUCAGGUAUUGUUGGAAACAAAAACCAUGUUGGAAGAUCAGCUGGAAGGCACCCGAGCCCGUUCUGAUAAAUUGCAUGAAUUGGAAAAAGAGAACCUACAGUUAAAGGCUAAACUGCAUGAUAUGGAGACGGAACGUGAUAUGGAUCGAAAGAAAAUUGAGGAACUUAUGGAGGAAAAUAUGACUCUAGAAAUGGCUCAGAAGCAGAGUAUGGAUGAAUCACUGCACCUGGGUUGGGAACUUGAACAGAUAAACAGAUCCUCUGAGCUUUCUGAAGUAGCACCACGAAAGUCACUUGGUCAUGAAGUGAAUGAACUGACAUCAAGUAGGUUACUGAAACUAGAAAUGGAAAACCAAAGUUUGCUAAAGACUGUGGAAGAACUUCAGAAGAUGGUGGGUUCUGCAGAAGGUAGUAAUUCAAAAAUAUUGAAAAUGGAAAAGGAAAACCAAAGACUAAGUAAAAAGCUGGAAGGACUUGAGAAUGAACUUACUGAAGAGAAGCAAAGCCUGCAGAACAGUCAGAAUCUUAGUAAAGAUCUGAUGAAAGAAAAAGCGCAGCUAGAAAAGACAAUUGAGACCUUGAGAGAAAACUCUGAGAGACAGAUUAAAAUACUGGAACAGGAGAAUGAGCAUUUGAAUCAAACAGUGGCUUCCCUCAGACAGCGUUCACAAAUUGGUGCUGAAGCAAGAGUAAAAGAUAUUGAAAAAGAAAAUAAAAUUCUCCAUGAAUCUAUCAAAGAGACAAGCAGUAAAUUAAAUAAGAUAGAAUUUGAAAAGAAGCAAAUGAAAAAAGAAUUGGAACAUCAUAAAGAGAAGGGAGAAAGAGCAGAUGAACUAGAGAAAGAAGUUCAUCAUCUUGAAAAAGAAAAUGAAGUAUUACAGAAAAAGGUUACUAAUUUAAGGAUUACAUGUGAAAAAAUAGAUUCUUUGGAGCAAGAGAAUUCCAGUUUAGAUGCUGAAAACAGAAAACUAAAAAAAACUUUGGAUGGCUUGAAAAAUUUGAGCUUUCAACUAGAGUCCUUGGAAAAAGAGAAUGCGCAGCUUGAUGAAGAGAAUUUAGAACUCAGAAGGACAGUUGAAUCUCUGAAGAGCACAAAUAUCAAAAUAGCUCAGUUGGAGUUGGAAAACAAAGAACUAGAAAGUGAAAAGGGGCAGCUUCAAAAGAGCUUGGAGCUUAUGAAAACUUCUUUUAGGAAGACUGAACGUUUAGAAGUCAGCUAUCAAGGUCUGGAUACAGAAAACCAAAGGCUGCAGAAAGCCUUAGAAAACAGCAACAAAAAAAUCCAGCAUUUAGAAAGUGAACUCCAAGAUUUAGAGACAGAAAACCAAACCCUACAAAAAAAUCUGGAAGAACUCAAAAUCUCUAGUAAACGUUUAGAAAAAUUAGAGAAGGAGAACAAGCUUUUGGAGCAAGAGACUUCUCAACUGGAAAAAGAUAAGAAACAACUAGAAAAAGAGAACAAGAGGCUUCGACAACAAGCAGAUAUUACAGACAAUACAUUAGAAGAAAAUAAUGUAAAAAUUGUCCACUUGGAAACAGAGAACAGAUCACUUAUUAAGGAAAUUGGUAUAUGUAAAGAAUCUUCUAUUCGACUGAAAGAAAUUGAAAAGGAGAAUAAAGAACUUGUUAAAAGAGCUACUAUUGACAAGAAAACACUUGUUACGUUGCGGGAGGAUUUGGUGAAUGAAAAACUGAAGACGCAGCAGAUGAAUAAUGAUUUAGAAAAGCUUACACAUGAACUUGAAAAGAUAGGAUUAAAUAAGGAGCGCCUGUUGCAUGAUGAGCAGAGUACGGAUGACAGCAAAUACAAACUGUUGGAGUCAAGGUUAGAGUCUACACUGAAGAAAUCACUUGAAAUUAAAGAAGAAAAAAUUGCUGCUUUGGAAGCUCGCUUAGAAGAAUCCACAAAUCUUAACCAACAGCUACGGCAGGAACUUAAAACAGUGAAAAAAAAUUAUGAAGCACUCAAACAAAGACAAGAAGAGGAAAAAAUGGUUCAGAAUUGCUCUUCAAGAAGUGGUGAAGAUGGUCAAUCUGUCAAUAAAUGGGAGAGAGAAAGUCAAGAAACUACUAGAGAACUUCUGAAAGUUAAAGAUAGAUUAAUUGAAGUUGAGAGAAAUAAUGCAACUCUGCAGGCAGAAAAGCAAGCCCUGAAGACACAACUAAAGCAACUCGAGACACAGAACAGUAAUGUGCAAGCUCAGAUUUUGUCGCUUCAGAGACAGACUGUUUCCUUACAAGAGCAAAAUGCAACCCUGCAAACGCAGAAUGCUAAGCUUCAGGUGGAAAAUUCGGCUAUUAAUUCGCAAAGUACAUCUCUGAUGAACCAGAAUGCACAGCUGCAGAUCCAGCAGUCUACGCUGGAAAAUGAAAAGGAAUCCAUAAUCAAGGAGCAGGAGGAAUUGAAAUCACAAUAUGAUUCACUAAUCAAAGAUCAUGAAAAAUUGGAACAACUUCAUGAAAGACAAGCUGGUGAAUACGAAUCGCUUAUUUCCAAACAUGGAAGUCUUAAAUCAGCACACAAAAAUCUUGAAGUGGAACACAAGGACUUAGAAGACAGAUAUAAUCAGUUGCUGAAACAAAAAGUACAGUUAGAAGAACUGGAAAAAGUACUCAAAACAGAACAGGAGAAGAUGCUGCAGCAAAACAAAACACAUGAAACUGUAGCAGCUGACUACAAAAAACUCUGUGAGGAAAAUUCUAGAUUAAAUCAUACAUACACCCAACUUUUGAAAGAGAAUGAAGUUCUCCAAGUGGACCAUAAAAAUUUGAAAACACUCCUUAACAAUUCUAAACUAGAACAAACACGAUUGGAAGCUGAAUUCUCAAAGCUGAAAGAACAGUAUCAACAACUAGACAUCACAUACACAAAACUGAACAAUCAGUGUGAGUUGCUUAGCCAGCUGAAGGGAAAUCUGGAAGAAGAAAACAGACAUCUGCUGGAUCAUAUACAGACGUUAAUGCUGCAAAACAAAACAUUAAUAGAAAGCAAAGAUCUUUUUCAUGUUGAACAAAGACAGUAUAUUGACAAGCUAAAUGAGUUAAGAAGGCAAAAGGAGAAAUUAGAAGAAAAGAUUAUGGAUCAGUACAAAUUUUAUGAACCAUCUCCUCCAAGAAGAAGGGGUAACUGGAUUACCCUGAAAAUGAGGAAGCUUAUAAAAUCAAAGAAGGAAGUUAAUCGCGAACGCCUCAAGUCUCUGACUAUGACACCAACCCGCUCAGAGUCUAGUGAAGGAUUCCUUCAGCUCCCACACCAGGACAGUCAAGACAGUUCCUCUGUGGGCUCCAAUUCCCUUGAGGAUGGACACACUAUGGGAACUAAAAAAAGCAGCAUGGUUGCACUGAAAAGACUGCCCUUUUUGAGGAACAGACCGAAGGAAAAAGACAAAAUGAAGGCCUUCUACCGUCGCUCCAUGUCCAUGAAUGACCUGAUGCAGUCCAUGGUCCUAGCAGGAGGACAAUGGACAGGUAGUUCUGAGCAUCUGGAGGGCCCUGAUGAUUUACGUACGGGUAAAAGGAGAAAAGAAUUGGGAUCUAUGGCCUUCUCUACUACAUCCAUCAACUUUGCAACUGUCAACUCUGCUGCAGGCUUGAGAUCCAAGCAGUUGCUUAAUAAUAAAGAUGCUACAUCUUUUGAAGAUGUAAGUCCACAAGGAAUUAGUGAUGAUUCUAGUACAGGAUCAAGAGUUCAUGCUUCGAGACCAGCCAGCCUUGAUAGUGGCAGAACAUCCACUAGCAAUAGCAAUAAUAAUGCCUCUCUCCAUGAAGUCAAAGCAGGUGCAGUUAAUAAGUACCAAAGCAGGCCCCAGAGCCACAGCAGUGGAGAAUUUAGCCUGCUUCAUGAUCAUGAAGCAUGGUCCAGCAGCAGCAGCAGUCCGAUCCAGUAUUUGAAAAACCAGACCAAGUCUAGCCCCAUGCUGCAUCAUAAAAUGUCAGAAAUGUUGGAUAGACAAGGAACACGAAGAAUUAAGACUGACUCCCCUGGAAGUGAAGUAGUUACUUUACAGCAGUUUUUGGAAGAAAGUAACACAGUUACGUCAACUGAGAUCAAGUCCUCAAGCCAAGACAAUCUCUUAGAUGAAGUAAUGAAAAUUUUUUCUGAAAAUGCUGAAUUAGCAGGAAGACAGAAACUAAGGAAACAGUCAUCAGGGAGCAGUGGUAUUGCCAGAUCGCAAAGUGUGAAAAACACAAUUGACUCCUCUGGUGGAAAGUUAGUUAAACAGGAGCACUUUGGAAAGCUCACUUCACGUAGAAUGGAAGAUCCUAGCUCCUCAAACUCUUCAAAAACGCUUACGGCAGGCACUAAAGGAAGGGCCAAGUCAGUGAAAGAAAAUGUACAGUCGCAACGACAAUCAAAAGAUUGUAAUCCUUAUGCUACUUUACCUCGUGCAAGCAGUGUGAUUUCAACAGCAGAAGGAACUACUCGGAGAACAAGCAUCCAUGAUUUUUUAUCUAAGGACACUAGGCAGCCAGUAUCUAUUGACCCAGCUCCAUCCACAGCUGACAGAAGUGUUGCAUCAGUUUCUAUUGCAUGGUGCUGUGCCAGAAACAGCACAAAAAAGCAGAUGUGGAAGCUAAACCAGAAAACAGAAAUUCAAAAAGCAGGUCUAGGGAGCAACAAAGCUCCUAAAUCUAUUAACCCUACUACAUGAGAUGUGAGCCAAGUGAGAGAAAAGUGUCCUUCAGUAUCUCAGUAUGAAGCCUUUAUUUCUGAAGUAACCAGGCAUCCAGCUAUAGGAACUGUGUUAUUUUUACAAAAAAAAGUUCAAGGUUUUUACAGGCCUACCUGAAUAGAGCAGCCAAGAAAUACAUGUCUCCUUUCCUUGAAUCAAGGAACUGUACUGGCAUCUCCUGCUGAAUUUUUUUAAAAGACAUACUAUGUUGCACAUUGCACUGUUAAGAUCUACUGAAUAAAGGAUAAUUUUCAUCUCUCUAAGGACCAAGUGUUGUGUGGUCUCAAGAAUUACUUCAGGAACUCAAUUACUGCUUCCUUCAUUUACAAACGUAGCCCCUACUGCUUACUGCUUCUGCUAAUAUUUAGUCCUGCAAAUCCGAAAUGGUAUAAGGUUGUAUUACGUUGUGGAAUUUAUUGUAAAUACAGGUACAAAAAUAUAUCCCCACAAACUUAUUGGCAGUUUCUUAGUUUCAUUGGGUUUGCAUAAUUUGCAUGGUGAUACUGGUUGCAAAAUGAGACUGCUGAUUAUUUUGUUGCAAGUGGUGAGAAGAAAUGGAUUAGGUCUCUGAAAAUGUAAUGAAACAUUUUACCCACAUCCCUCCAUCAAUUAAUCUCUUCCAUGUGUUUCUACACAUUAUGUAAUAGAUACCCAGUUUUCUGGGCAGGAAAAUUGCAGAAAGAACAUGUUUAGAAUGUCCUGUCUAAGAAAACUAUUUGUGUUUUAAACAAAUACCACAUCCAAAAGAAAUGUGUCUUUAAAUGUUCUGUAUUUUUAUUUUUAUUUGUGAUUUUUUUUUAAAAGAACUGAUUGUGACCGAGGUGGAAUUUUAAUGGGGAAAGACAAUGUGACUAAGGUUAAGAUCAAUGUGUUUCAAGCUAUUCCUUCUAUUAGAGCUCUUACUAAUAGAUCACCCUGAAUUUGUUCCUUCAUAAUUUUAUAUGCAUUAGAGUUUAUUCAUGUUGUUGAUACUUUCUAAAUCUUUGUAUAUGUUUGUUGUCUUAAACUCUUGCAAGCAGCACAAGAAAAUAGCUUUGGUUAAUUCCUGGAAAUGUACAUGAAGUUUUUCUGGUUCUUUUAAAUUUUAUUUUCUUACAAGCUACUAGAUGUUUUAAUAUUUCCACAAUAUAUAUCAAAUUUAAUGUUAUAGGGUUCCUGCCCCUACAACUCUCACAAAUGUAAGUGUUUUUACAAUUAUUGUACUUUUACUUCAUCUAAAUUCUUCACAGCUAGAGUCAUGCUAUAUCAAAACUCUUGUUGAAAUGGAGGCACUGCCACCCCUUUGGCUUGAGGCGGGAUACAACAUCAUUAAAACAGGAGAGGAAACACUACUGGAAGACUGCACACUUGUUUUUAAACCACAUUUCACAUAGCAUGCUUAGGUUUUAUUUCUGACAAGCACUAGGGUUCUUCUUGGUAAACCAAAACUAUAAUCUAUCCUCUUAUGUGGCAAAUGGAAGAGGGGUUGUAAGCCCUUGCCUGUGAGCACAUCAGUUUCCUAAUAGGCAAAACUGUUAGUCCUGAAGCAUAAAACCAACAAAAUAUACCUAGCUGCCACUGCUCUCAAGGUGGUCAUUUAUGGGUAUAGGGUGCAGGAUUGGUUGUGUUUCAGCCUAGCAGUUGUACAUGCAUUCCUAGUUCUUUGCUUGGGAAAGCAGUAUUGUGGCUCUCAGUUCAGGUGAUCACAUGUAUACUUAAUCUAACUACAUCAAACUUCUGCCAGAAUAACAUGUAAACAUAUGUUUCAGAUAUGGAGACAAAUGGAAGAUAAUUAAUAUGAAGCAUAUUAAGCUCAUUUAGCAAAUUUUGUUUAUUUUGUUGUCAAACUUUACUGCAACAGCACCCACUGUUAUCUGAUUGUCUAUCAGGUUUCCUUCUGCAUCAACUUUAACUCAAGUGAAUGUCCUCAAGCUAUAUCAAAUCAGCCUGAAACAGAUAAGAGAAUUGUAGUGUGAUCAGACUUGGAGUAAGUCUUCAAAUUACACCCUCCCCCAAAUGGUUCCUUCCAGAUAUAUUGGUCAACAACUACCAUUUUUCUCACACAACAUGAGAUUGUGCCCCAACAUAUUAGUGAGGUGUCAAAUGGGGAAGACUGUUUGAGUGUUAUAUUUUAAAUGUAGAUGCAGAUGUGACAGACAUGGAAUCAGAUCUAGAUGCAGACAGCUAUAAUGUAACUAUAAGUUAUAAUGCAGGACUGGGAGUAGUAUGACCCUCCAGCUGUUGCUGUACAGCAGUUUCCAGCAUUACUCACCAUAGACUAGGUCUGGUUGGAGUUGCAGUUCAACAUCUGAAUGGCAGCCAGAUUCCCACCCAUGUUCUAAGGAGAUGGGCAUAAUACCCAUAUCCUGUGCACUUCUGAGUAUCAUUUCUCAGGAGAGUGUUGUGAAAAGUGACAGCAGCUAGCCACAAUAUGAAACAAGGAAGCCUAAACAUAGUCAGAUGUGCUAUUGUGUAUCUGUGAAAGCUUACUUUAACUGGAAAUGAUUUGGCCAUUUGGAAGAAUUGGCUUGCUGUUGGCUUCAGUCCUCAAAUGAGGGUGACUGUCCUGUAUUUUGUUUAUAGCCGCAUUUUAAGACACAUUUUGCUUUAUUUUAUCUAUAACUGAAUAUUUAGCAACAAUGGCAACAUUAGGAGAUAGUACAGUAAACAGAGUAGAACAGUUAGAACCAUAUCACAAUAUUAAAUGUGGUUAAAACCUAAAUCUAAAGGCCCUCUUGUGAAUUCAGAAGUCUCUGUGGUGCACAAAACACAUCAGACUCUAUGAGGUUUUCCUCCCUGUGAUGAUAAUUCCCAGGUUUAGGCCUUUUCCCAUCUCUGCCAUCCCAUCUUUGGAGGGCCACCAUCCUUCCUGCCUUCAAACAUGGAGACACCUGGAAAACUGUGGUCUUACUCACAGAUUCAUUAUUUUAAAUGUGGGUGUCACUUAGGCCAUUUUAGCAAGCUUUGCACGAACUGCCUUUCCACUAAUUCAAAAAGCUGAUUUGGAUGCUUUGAUCAGAGAUUUUAAAACAGUUACGUACUUUUCAUGCAUUUGCCAGUCUUUUGAUUGACCAUACCUAUUUUCUUAAGAUUUGCACCUUUUUGGAACUUUGCACUUGUUUUAUAUUCUGUGUGUUUUUAAGUUUUGGUUUUCAGAGGAAUACCAUCUUUCUAUGGGCAAACGUGAGCUGCAUCUAUCAGAUAUCUACAUCUGAUAGGAUGCAGAGAUAUGCAUAAAUAAAAUAAUAUUGCUUCAUUUACAUGACUCUUGCCCUUGAAAGGUCAGUGGUAGCUCAUGCCUUUUGUAAUGUUUUGGCAUUAGGCUGGAUUUAGCACUACAGUUAAGGGAUUGUUGUGUGUAUGUGUCUUGUUUUGUUUUAGGCAAUCCAGUGUUUAAAACUAAAAUGCAAAUCUUCCCUUAACAAACCUAACUCACUGAUGUUUCUUGGAGGACGAGGCUUAUGAGCUGCAAGUAGUUGGUUUCUUUAGCUCCUUCUCCACCAACAUAAUUAUUUGUUCUAAUUAAAUCAAUAUGCGUUUCUGCUAAGAGCUUAAUAAAAAAAAGUCUCAGUUUUGUGCAGGAGAGCCAAAGACCUCCUAUUUUUAUCCUCCCUUUUCCAGUGCAUUUGGAGGAAUAUUACCAGUCUCCCCUGCCCUCUGCAGACUCCACCAUUUCUAAAUCAGUAAGAAAAUUAAAAUCAAGGCAAUCCAUUUUGUCCCAGUUUUUAUUACAGUCUCCACAAUUUAUAAAAAGAUUAACUAUUUUUUAAAAAAGCAUUUAUAAAAUCUGUAACAGUGUCGGGUAGUAAUGUGUUACUUCACCAUCGACAUCCCAGCACCUUUAGGAUGAAAUACAAAGAUUAUUUUCAUUGCACAUGAUAAUAUUCAGCUGUAAAGUAGAAGCUACCGAUCUGAUGUAAGACGAGGAAAUGUUUUCCACCCUCUGCUGCUGUUGCUAAGGCUACAAUCGCCGUGUCCAGACUGCGUCGUCCUGUCUUCAAGGGUUUUGUGUCCUAAGGGACGGUGCAGCCCCAGCGCCUGGGGCAAACUCCUUUGUGCUGUGCGUCAUUCAAAUGUUGUUCGGAACGGAACUGCCUUAAAAGAUAGCACCUGGGUGCGACACAGACUAUUUAAAACACUGUUUUACAGAAACUGUUAUUUAAAGCUGUAGUUUUCCUUUCUUAUACCUAUUAAUGAAUUUUGUAAUGUUUGCCAUUGUACACUACUUAUGUUAUUAAAAUUCCAAGCCAAAUAA